AUGUGGUUCACCAAACUUAAAAGUUUAAACCCUGUUUUGAUAUCCCAAGCCUUUCGGAGUUCUACCAAAGCACAUACUUUCGACAUAGCCAUUGUUGGAGGCGGGAUUGUGGGUUUAGCAACGGCUCGUGAACUAACACUUCGGUUUCCAAAAUUUCGGUUUGCCCUUCUGGAAAAAGAAGAAGAAUUGGCGAUGCAUCAAUCUGGCCAUAACAGUGGUGUUAUUCAUGCAGGUAUUUACUACACUCCUGGCUCUCUAAAAGCUAAGCUAUGCGUUGAAGGUUUGAAGAAGUCGUAUGAAUAUUUUGAAGCAAACAAUGUGCCUUACAAGAAAUGUGGGAAAUUAAUCGUUGCAGUUGAUGAACUUGAGCUUCCGCGUCUAGAAAAGCUGUACAGUUUUGCCCAGCAAAACGGUGUGCCCAAUGUUUCUUACAUUUCAGGUGAUAAGAUAAGAGAAAUCGAACCUAACUGUGUUGGUUUAAAAGCAAUUCAUUCUCCUGAAACAGGUAUAGUUGAUUGGAGAACAGUAACUUUAUCAUAUGCCAAAAAUUUCGUUGCGUCUGGUGGGAUUAUUUAUAAUUCCUUUAAGGUAGGCGAAAUUUCAGAAACGAGUGAAAAUGUGGAUUACCCUGUUUUGAUCAAGAACGUUAAUAGUGGAUCAAACAGUUCAGCUCAUAUUUCACAAAUCACAUGCAAGUAUGUGAUUACUUGUACAGGAUUGCAAUCUGACCGUGUUGCUAAGAUGUCUGGGUGUUCUCCAAAUCCUGUCAUCAUACCGUUUCGAGGUGAUUAUUUAGUUUUGAAAUCUGAAAAUUCCUCUUUAAUAAAUGGAAAUGUAUAUCCUGUUCCUGAUCCCCGUUUCCCGUUCUUGGGUGUCCACUUCACUCCACGUUUGGAUGGAUCCGUUUUGCUUGGUCCAAAUGCUAUCCUAUCAUUAAAUCGGGAAGGUUAUGGACGUUUCGAUGUUAACUUCAAAGACUGCUUUGAUCUCGCAUCUGACCCUGGACUUCGGAAACUCAUUUUCCGUUAUUUACGUUUUGGUGUGAAUGAAAUAAUUGAUGGUUUAUUUAUUAAUCGCCAGGUCAAGCGGCUUAAAAUGUAUGUACCUAGCUUAAGUGUUAAAGAUGUCUCCAGAGGUCCAUCUGGAAUAAGAGCCCAAGCGAUUGACUCAGAUGGAACGUUAGUGGAUGACUUUGUAAUUCAUUUUGGCGAUGGCAAGAUUGGUAAAAGAAUUAUGCAUGUACGUAAUGCACCAUCGCCAGCCGCAACAGCCUCUCUGGCUAUUGGUUGUGUGCUGGCCGAUAAAGCACAAGAGUGCUUUGAUUUACCUCUUAGCGAAUCAAGAAGUUUUGUUUAG